GGUAGGGCCAGUAUGUGAUCUUCACAGUUGCUUGGAGGCACCAUGCUAACAUUAGCGUUAGCCACCAUAGACUUAUGGAAUAUAUUCCAUUCUGCCAUGGUGACAUACUUUUCAUUCAGGAUAUCGGCGGAACGGUUCAUUAUGUCACCUGACACCAAACUGACCAAUCAGUGUCAAGAAACAUCUCCGACUGACCAAUCAAUCAGUGCACAUGAUCCGGGCCCCUGGGCUUCAGCAUCAGUAAUCUGGGUGACUCAUGCUCCUGUGGAUGACAAAUAAUCGUUACCUGCAGUGGGCCUCUUCUUUGCAUCAGAACAACAAACAACAUGAAAAUGGAUUUGAUGACGGUUACAUUAUGUUUUUUAGCUUCUGACAACCUGAGUUAAGGAACAGACCUAUUCAUUGGAAAUGGAUGGGGAGCAGCAAGUCAGUCACCAGGGACAAGAGAGAAAAGGUAAAGAGGAGAUGAUGCCACAACCAGGAGAGGUCCUGCUCUGUGACGCUCGAGUCAGGUGGUUCCUCUAAUAGCAUGAAGAGCUGUCCGCGGUGCUGAAACCAGACUCACGCUGCGAGGAAGAGAGAUGCUCACAACUCUCCAUACAAAUUGAUUACAAAGGCAUCACCAUGCCGUCAUUCCCUGAGACCUCCACAACAGGCAAACUCUUCCUCAUCUGUUUUGCCAACAUCCUCUUAAUUCUCCUCUUCCUCAGUUCCUCUGGUGUUCAUGGGGCAUCACUCAGAGAGCACAGACUGAGGGUAAGUGAAUCAGACUCCCAGAGAGGAAACGCCCACCAGGCUCUUGAUGCCGACAUGCUCAAAGCACUGGAGUACAUCGAGAACCUCCGUCAGAGAACCAGCACAGACUCCCAGCAGCGCGUCCCUCUCUCUGCAGGUUACGAUGAUGCUGAAAAGCUGCGUGCCAUGCUAGGACUAGCCUCUAACCCUAUGCAGAGCAAAGGGGAGAGCGAGGAAGAGGAGGGAAGGGAGGACAAGAGUGAAGAGCUGCUCCAGGCUGUGCUCAGCACCCUCCAGCAGACAGAGAAGGCUUCCAAGCCAGCUUCACUUCACCCCAGUGUAGAAGGAACGAGCGAGAAGGGAGGUAUGCAUCCCAGGGUGCAGCAGAAGCAACAUGGCAUCACGCUUCACAAGAAGCUGCCAUUAAUGUUUGAGGAUGAGGAAGAGGGUGAGGGGGAUGAGCAAGAGGAGGAUGAAGGGCCAGAUUUGGAGCAUGAGAGUCCUUUCAAACGCACCAAUGAGAACGUGGAGGAGAAAUAUACGCCUCAGAACCUGGCAACACUGCAGUCCGUGUUUGAUGAAUUAGACAAGCUGACUGGUGUGAAAAGCACACAUAAACGCCAAGAAGAGGAGGAUGACGUGGAGGAGGAGGAUGAGGAAGAAGAUGAUAAUGUGUUUAAUCUGAGGAAUGUGGCAUACGAUGAUGGAGGCGGUGAUCUUGCAGACUGGGGUCCACUAAAAGAACAGGAGGAGGAAGAGGAGGAGGAGAAGGACAAACAUGAGGUUGAACGAGGGCUUGAUUAUGUUGACAGUGAUGAUGAAGCCAACGAGGAGGAUGAAGAGGAAAAUGAUGAAAGGUACCCAGUCAAGAGGUCAAGAGAUCCAGAUGAUGCAGGCAACCUAGUGGACUAUUACCUUCUGAAAGUGCUCGAGAAAACAGAGGAGGAAGAGCAGAAACGAGAGAUAGAGGAGGAGGAAGAGGAGGAGGAGGAGGAGGAGGAGAAGAGGGCUGAGAAGAGAGUGGCUCAGACACAGUACAGAGACACCAUAGACCCACAGGCCAUCUACCAGCUCAUUCAGAUUUCCCAAAAAUACCAGAUCCCACCUGAAGACCUGAUGGACAUGCUCAAAACUGGAGAAAUGCCAAAUCAAGACAAGUCACAAAAAAGCAACAAAUUAGCCAGAGUACAAAACAAGGUCUCUCAGACACCCACAAAGAAGACACACAAGAAUUCUGAAGCUAAAUUCUACAACAGACGCCUGCCUGACAGACAAAAAUCCCCAGAGGAGCUGAGGACACAAGAAAUCCUGAACAUCCUUGGGUUAGGGAGUGUGGAGGAUCAAGCUCCUGUCAGCAAGCUGAAGCAGUACAAAAGCUCACUGUCACGACUUCACACUCUGCCUCCUGGGCGUUCAGGGGAAUCCAAUCCCACGCAAAGGCGCCUUCCCAGCACAUUAAAGGAUGACUAUGACGACAGCAUGGACGAGGAUGAACUGGCAGCCUAUUUAGCAGCCCAGAUGCUGGCACAGUAUCCAAACCCUGUGUACAGCAACAACAAGGCAAGUCAAAAGCGGGAAGAAGCUGGGCAGAGUGUGACAGGCUCCUUUGAACAGGCCAUGCAGGAUUAUUUUGAUCAAAUGGACACAGAUAAAAACACAAAUGAAAGAAGACAGUCUGAGGAUGACGAGAGGGGCCAUGAAACGCAAAUGCAAGGCUUUGAUAAUGAGGCAGUGAUGAAAUUGCUGAGCUACCUGAAUCCAGAAACUGAAGAAAGUGAUAGUGAUGCCAAAACUGCCUAAGGAGUCCUGUACAAAUAAGGCUGUAUAUACAUAUACAUAUACAUAUAGUGUUUUGGUGGAAGAAGAAGGUGAAAAUAAAA